AUGGUGUCCGAACUUCUGACGGAAACUGGUGAUUGGGACAUGAUUAAACUGAACGACUUCUUUAAUCAAGAAACUGUUACCGCCAUUUUGAAAGGGGGCCAACCCUUGGGCCAGGGGAGUGAUCACUGGGUGUGGACCAAAGAAGGAAGUAGUCAAUUUACCAGUAAAUCGACAUACUUAAUUCCAGCAAUGAAACGAGCCCCACACUAUGAUGUGGCUCCUUCUCUUUGGAACAAAAUAUGGAACAACAAAAUUCUAGAGCGCCACAAAGUUAUGUGGUGGAGUGUCCUUUCAAGCACUCUCCCAACUCGGGGGGCCCUACUCAAACGUUUCCACAUUACCGACAACCCAUGCCCUAUUUGUGGAAUGGAGGAGGAAACCAUGGAGCACCUAUUCCUUCAUUGGGACCUGGCUUUCCACCUUUGGCAGUCCUCACCUUGGGGUAUCUUUCCUGUCUCAGGAACAGGGAUCCGUAUGUGGGACUGGAUUAAAUUUUUAUGGAACCUAAAGAGCAGAAACAUAAAUACUGAUGAGGUGUUUCUUUAUGCCUCUACUGUGAUAGACACGAUCUGGCGGGUCCGAAAUGAUAAGGUACAUAACCAGAGGAUUGAUAAUGUGAAUCAAUGUAUUGACUUUAUUUCUCACUCUUAUGCGGUCUACAGAGAUUCUCUCAUCCCAUCUCCUGCACCAAACCAACUCGUUGUCUGGGAGCCUCCCCCUCAGGACUGGAUUAAACUAAACUGUGAUGUUAGAGUGGAUGGGGAGCAUUCAUGUGUAGCAGUCAUCGCAAGAGAUCUGAGUAAGGUGAUUUGGGUGUACACGACAAAACUGGACUUUUCAGACGCUCUUUGUGGUGAAGCUGCUGCAGUUUGUUUGGUGCUUGAAGUGGCAAAGGACAAAGGACAUAAUUUCAUCCUAGUUGAAAGCGAUUCUAAGAACUUGUAA